GGCAGCGGCGAGGCGACGAGCAGAGUCCUGCCGCAGGGCCCCGCUCGGCGCGGCCUAGCACCAGCCGCGCUUCUCCAGCGGCAGCCGGCGGAAGGCCUCCGCGGAGCGCUCCGGAGGGAGCUUUCGGGCAGCGGCUUCUGGCGGGCUGGGGUGGCAGAGGUGCCGCCCAGGAUGGCUGCAGUGGAGAAGGGGAGAGCAGUGCUGCGCAAGGAGAAGAAAGCGAGUGUGAAGACCUGCCUGGACAACCCCUUCGUGUUGCAGUGGAAGCCCAUCGAUGGGGAGGACAUGAGGUUCAUCCUGCACACCUUGGAAGAAAGGAUCAAACACAUUGGGCUGAAAAAGGUUGAGACUCCAAGAAGGAAAAAACAUUCCCCUGGCAAAAGCCAAGCGGAAGGACACUGCGAUGCCAGCGGCGCCGAGCAGCCUGGGGAGGAGGCACCAGGCAGCCGCAGGCAGGCAGCAGGAUGGACAGACAUAGGCAUCAGGAGGCAGCUUGCUAUUGGAGUGAACGAAGUGACAAAGGCCCUGGAAAGGAACCAGCUGCUCCUGCUGCUGGUGUGCAAGUCUGCCAGCCCUGCCCUGCUGACAACCCACCUGAUCCAGCUGAGCGCCAGCCGUGCCACGCCGGCCGGCCAGGUGCCACGGCUCAGCCAGACCCUGGCACCGCUGCUCGGCUUGGCCUCCACCCUGGCACUGGGCUUUAAGAAGCAGGCCGAUGCCUUCAGUGAGGCAGUGGAAGCAAUCAUCCCCAGGAUCCCAGCGCUGGAGGUGCCCUGGUUCCAGGGCACAAGUCAGGAGCCCCUGGCUCAGCUGCAGUCUGACUCCUCUGAGGACGAGGAGCCCAAGCAGCUGGCAGCAGCAUCGGGGGAUGAGCUUCCCAGCCAGAAGAGGAAGCACACAGCAAGCCUGCAGCCUCAGCUUGCACACGUGGUUCUGCAGCCUCUGAAAAUCCAGAAGCUUGUCCCAAACCCGAACAGGGUCAAGAAGCCUCCCCGCAGGAGGAAAAAAGCUUCCUUGGCGUAGCAGAGGUCAGUUCACCUCAGACUGACCUCUGGAAGCAGCACAAACUGCAGCUCUGCCUGAGCUGCUUUCUUGGCUGCUCCAGUAUGAGGUGAACCUCAGGUUGUGUUCAGCUGAGCUCCAAUAAAGAAUCUUGCCCAA